AUGCCCGAUUGGAACUCCUCAAAAGAAAUUCGACACGAUAGUGUAGUGUUCCUCUACCUGAUUCACUCACUCGUGGGUAUCUAUGUAUGGGAAUACUUACUCUCUUUGGACUUUGACUUUGCAUUCAUCACGGGGCGAAAACCUUUUCGGUGGCCUAUGAUCUUCUACUUCGCCAACCGUUACCUCCUUCUUUGCGCAUUAAUUGGACUUCUCGUCGCUUUUGACUCGACAAGCAAGAUCAACUGUCAACCGUUAUAUGUAUUCAUUCAGUUAGCGGGAACCGCCUCAACUACUGCAGGCGUCAAUCUCUGUCUUCGCACGAUUGCUAUUUAUGGGCAUUCCAAACCGAUAAUUGUCUUUCUAGUGAUCUUGAUCCUAGGACACUGGUCAUUGAUCUUGAUGAACUUCCAGAUUAAAGCAGUAUGGAAUGACGAACUAAAAUUGUGUGUCAUCACAGCCGUCAACAACAACAUCCAGAUUGUUGCGAUAUACAUUUAUCUCACCUGCUUCAACCUUAUCUUAUUUCUCUUAAAUGCAUACAAACUAUACAGCCAUGGCGGGAAGCAGGUUUUGGUCGUCAAGAGUCGACUAGAGAAGCUAAUAUUUUCUGACGGCCUUGCAUAUUUCUUCGUCGCGUUCCUGGCAAACCUCACUGCUACAGUCUUUUUACUUUCUUUGCCGAAUACCAUCACUGGAAUCAUUUUUGAUGUCCCCGCUGUGGUCAUAAGCACGAUUUGUGCAACAAGGGCUACCAGGCGACUGUGCGAUUUCAAGUUCGACGGGGAUCAAGCUUUGCAUGGAUCCGACCCAAGUUCCGACAUUCAAUUCAGGCGCACUCACGGGGAGUGCACCACGUUGGACGGUUUGGGUAGUGUUACUACGGUAUUGAAACAAGGCCCGGAAGGUGUUCAUGUUCAGGUGGAGAUCUUUACUCGUGCAGAAGAUGGACAUUUGGAGAGGCGAGAGAAGGAGAGAGAAGUAGAAAUUGAUGUCAAGUCGAAAGAAAGUCCUAUUUGA